AUGCCAAUUCCCGUGCGGAAUAGGGGUUUAUAUUACGAAGAGCCCCCUUCUGGAACGGGGGGUUUCAUGGCGGAGGAGUUGGAGGCGAAGUAUCAUGUCACUUUUUUCCGGCUUCAUGACGAUGCCACGAAUAAUUUGGUAUCGACGCGAGAACCGGGAUUGUCAGAGUCCCCUGGAAAGGGGAAAAAGAUGGCCUCGGUGCAGCCAUCAUCAUCAGGGGCAAAAGCAGCAGCAGCAGCAGCGUGUCGAAGCUCGAGUGUGACCGCAUCGUUUGGUUUACAUACAUCCGAGGAGUUGCGUCAGCCACUGCAUCAGGUACCACCGCCGCGCAGCGGUCAUCUCUUGCUCCCAUGCGCUCCCCGUCGAAGCCUUAUUCUGCAUGGCGGGCUGGAGGUUGGGCCGGAGGGUUUUCUGAAUGACACGUGGGAAUAUUUGAUUGACGAGCAGCGGUGGGUGCAGCUCAUUUGUCGUGGUGUGCCUGGUCCGGCCCGCCGCUCGGCAGUGAGCGGUGGGGGUGAAACUGAUGCGGAUCAAGUGGUGGAUGACGGGAUGCCACCGAAGGCAUUUGGUCAGAGUGGCACUUUAUUUGGAGGUGGGCGUUUUUUAUUUGUGCACGGGGGUGUUAAGAGCGGGGAUGGCGGCACCGCUCCCGCCUUCCAGCUGGACAUUGAGCGACGACUGUGGACAAAAAUAAAUCUCACCACCCCGUUACCGUCCAUGUGGGGAUCGGUGGCGCAAACGCUGUUUAUUCCGGUCUGCGAGGACGGCACCACGAAGCGACUGCCGCCAUCGUUAUCGUCGAAAAAAGCAGCAGCAGCAGCAGCAGCAGCACGUAAAAGAGAGCAACGUCGUGUUGAGGUGGUGGUUGUGUUUGGUGGGAUGAAUGACACAGAGGCUUAUAACACCACGUACUUUUUAUACCUGACGACUCCACCGCCUUCUUCUGGAAAACUACAGUACGGCGAAGGGGAGAAGCGUUUGUUGCAGAUCCUGCCGUCAUUAGGAGCCACUGUCUUUCCCGGUAGAAGAAGGGCGUGUUCUACGGUCUGUAGAGAUUUCUUUUUCUUUGUGUUUGGUGGACGCGAUGGCAUUUACUUCUAUAACGAUAUGUGGGUACUCAAUGCAUAUACACGACAGUGGAUCAUGGUGCGGGAAGAAACGCCCUUACGAUUCAUGCGGGAAUUUUUCCUGCGUCCAUAUGACAAAAAACCGGGGGCACGUAUUAUGGAGUAUGUUGAGAAUCUUCUCUUAAUGAGAAGGGAUAGUAGGCGAUGUAGAAUGCCGAUAACAAUCCCGCACAGAUGUAGGCAUUUUAAUAGCUCCGCGCUCUGGCGUACGGGUGCUGUGAUGGUGACACGUGGCUUGGACAUUUUCGUUCUUGGUGGAUUUACGUACGACAGUCGCGGAAUGAUAGAAACGCAUAAAGACGUGCAUGUUUACAAUUACAUGCGUCAUAUAUGGCGAGAGGCAUUUGUAGAUGUUGGCUGUUUGCCGUCAUCUUUUCCUGUGGGUUAUUUCAGGAAGACUGGUAAUAAAUCCUUUCAGAAGCGUGAGUGUUAUGGGGAGGCGAUGAAGACAGAAUUAUGGCAUGUAAAUCAGGAGGAUAAUGCUGAGGGCUCUCAGAACUGGAAGUUGAUAAAGAAUAUUGUCUCCAUAUUGCCAGAGGGCCGUACAAUGGCAGCUAUGUGUGUGGAUCCUGUGAUGCCAGGCUUUCGUUUUUUUCUCUUUGGUGGCCGUACUGAGGAUGAGCCUAGCGGAGAGCUGUACGAUGUGCGCAUUCAUGUGGAUUGUGCCGCUCCUUCCGAUACAACUGUGGUGCGCAAUAGAGGAAUUCAACACGGCGGUGAUGUCACCGUCGAACCUUCAGAAAACACACCCCAUGUGAGUGUGCAGGGAACCCGGCUACCGUCCAUGAAGUGUUUUUCCAUUUCCUCCGACGAUGCGUCGUCAACCCCACGAGAAGUUCCACGAUGGGGGGAGCGAACGCUGCGGGAGCAGGCGGGGGAUUGGGUGAGGGCGGUGCUACUGGAGGAAUCGAUGCUCCGCCGAACCAUGGGUCUUAUGUUGUGUCCUGAUGACAAGGUGGUGCGGCAGGAAUGGUUGGAAGAUGCACAUAAGGCCGGUGCCAAGAUGCAAAAGAAGGCGGACGCGAUCUUCCCUGAGGCAGUACGUUUGGUGGUGACAUGCGCUCCGCCAUUUGUCAGGCGUGAAUGA